UACCUGCACGAUUCUUUACUCCUCAUCUAUCAUUUCUUGCUGCAACGACAUUAAAGAAUGGAUAGAGAUGCGUAAUGUCUCCGUUGUCUCCCGAGGAUCAAGUAGGAAUACAUCAAUGUCAUGCGCGUGUUCUCUCCUUGCGCAAUUGGAAGAAAAAGAAUAGGAACGCGCCAUGCCGUCUGCUGCUUCUGUUCUCCGAAUCAAAUUUCACGAGGUCGUUCUGCCGUGCACCUUGUCUUUCCACCUUUUCGAUAUCAGCAUGUCGAGUUGCGCAUGUCGCACGCCUGCCUGUUUCACUGGUCGCAAAUACUUCCUGCCAGUCGGUACAAAUCACUUGCUCUUAGCUCCAGUACGAUGGCUAUAAAUCUGUCCUGUCUUCUCUGCUCUUACCUUUCAUCCCUGCACUCCCGUCAAUAGCUAACGAAAAAUAACAAACUGCCAAUCCAUGUGUCUGUUAGGUCCUCAAAAUCACUGGUCAUGAUAUCAAAUGCUGCAUUUGCCUGCUCGCUGACUUUCGACUUCAAGAAACCAACCCAAAUUGGGCGAUGGCUACCUGUUCUCUAUACUGG